AUGACUACCCAAUCCCGGAAAGACCCUCUCAGGCGAGGAACCCCGCCUAAUGAACGCAGAGAACAUCUUAGCAAAUCCCCAAACUUCCCAACCUCAUCUUCAAGACACGACCGUAUUGCUCUGAAAAGAAAAGUAUGGGAAGACAAACGACGCGACUACGAAAAGAAAUACGGAUCAAGAAUUUCGCAAAAGCUGCCUAGCUCUGAAAGCCUGGGACAGGAUUCACCGAAUAAGAAGUUGAGAAACGGUUCAGAUCAAGGAUGGGGAAAGCUCAACGAAUCUCCCACUGACCCUUCAGAGGGAGAAGGAGUCCAUUGGCUCGAUGCACUCGAAGCCGAAAAUCUUUCGCGCACUGAAUUCACUGAUAGAAUAAAGAAGAGAUUAGCACAACCCGACCCUUAUUUCGAAUAUCGAAAGCGCAAAAAUGCAGAAUCAGAUGUCAUGAUGCAACGGCACAAAGAAAUAGCAGCAGUGAUUCUCAAAAAGAAAGAAGAAUUGUCGGCAUGGAGAUUGACGGGGAAACCACCGAGGAGAGUGGGGCGGGUAGGAGACCGGAAUACGAGUGAAGAUGAGUACCAGAGGGCGGAAAGAGAGAGAAGUGCACGACGGAGAGAAUACGCUGAAACGUCUCAGCUGAUUGAUUGGGAUGAAGUAAAAGUGUGGAACGCAGAUGAGGCAAAAUUAAAAGGGUAUGAGGAUAUGGAAGAUUGGUGGAACCUGACUCAUAAGGAAUCUCAGGAUCCUGUGAUUAAGGCUGCGAGUCAGAAAGAGCCUACUAAACCUUCUGAUUCUGGAAAAUCAAAAGGGUAUGAAGAUGUAGAGGGUUGGUGGAAGCCAUUUCAGAGAGCACCUCGGGAAUCUGUGACCACGACUGUCAAAGAUCCAGCGCGUGUUAAAUCUGCAGUCACGAGUGCAAGAUGGGGAGAAGGUCCUGGUGGGGGCGGGAAACACAUCCAGCGUUUGACCGGUGGUCAUCUACCUUUCCAAAACGAACCCGAGAGUCCGCUCAAAGCAGCCGAGAGGCUAGAAAAUCAACUCGAUGCAAAUGAAGAAUACAAAUACAGAUACAAAAAUCCUUCAGUCAAGAAAGUUCCAGAGCCACUCAAUAUAAACGAGGAAUACAAAUACAAGUACAAAAGUUCUUCAGCUAAGAUGAUCCGAAAACCACUCGAGGCAAACAAGCAAGAGCAGGUCAAAAAGUCUUCACCCAUCGAAGAAGCAUUUCGAAAUUCUCCACUAUCAUAUUUUCACUAUUUUAAAAACGAUCGCGCAGCAGCAGAUGUGAGUUGGAAGGAGAUUCUGAUACUAGUAGUCACUGGAAUGUUGGUAGCAGAAUUGGGAUUGACGAUUGCAGGUGUUUCAUCUGAUAAACAAGAAAUCAGUGGGAGUUCGAAGUGGGGAUUAGGGAAGACUGUUGAAUAA